GAACACGACCCGAGUGUCCAACGUGGAAGCACACCCGUAUGGCCGAACCUUCCUCGGAAAGGACGUGCGGCAGCCAUGGCCAGUGGCCUGGCCACCACUAAUACGAAGGUCGUAUCGCAGUCGCAGCUGGGUCAUUCUUCCCGUCGAAGGGAUUCCGCGUAUUCGCCCUAGCCCAGCGGUAGUACUACUUACUAACGACUUCGCUCUGAUCCUGGACCGUAUUCUUUCGUCCUCAACUCCACCCGCUCCUAAAGCGGCUGGCGCUCGAAGUACAAGGUUGCAGGCGCUAGUAGCGAGUACGGGAGGCACGCUAUUCUCCAUAGCAGGUUGAGAAGGCGGAAGCAGGCAGGAGGAGGGGAAAGUCGACAGAGGGAAAUCGAACAGAGAGGAAACUUUCCUUGCUUUUCGGCUUGAAGCGGGCAGAGAACGCGAUAGAAGCAAGCAAGCGGGAGCGGCGAGGACAGCGUAUUUUGUUGGUUUUUGAGAGUUUUCAAAAACCAACUUACCUCGAGGACAGCGUGUUUUGAGUCGGCUCAAAGCAUACCAGGCGAGGACAGCCGGCAGCAUGUCGUUCAAGGGGCCGCGGAAGGGGUUCCUGGAGGCGUUCAAGUUCACGUGCUACGUGGGCAUCCCCAUCGCCAUGAUGAUCGUCUUCGCCAAUAACCAGGACAACCUCGAAGCCAUCAUCCGAAACCGCGCCUAUGUGAUCUAUCCCCCCGAGGGCCCUCGGCCCCCCACUGCAGAGGAGGUGAGGGGGCUAGCGCAGAUGAGGCAGCAGGUGCAGGAGAAGCAAGCUGGGGGAAAGUGAGGGUUUCAGGUUGCAGCAUAGAGGAAAGGAGGGGAGGGGGGUCGCAGGGGGCAGGGGGACUGGCGCAGGGGGCUGGGGGACUGGCACAGGGGCAGGGGGACUGGGGCAGGGGCGCAGGGGGACUGGUGCAGAUGCGGCCGGGAGCAGACGGCAGGAGAAGCAGGGGAGGAGUGAUGGUUUCAGAUAGCGGGGGAAGCGAUGCACAAGAGGAGUGUUGCACAUUUGAGCGGCACGGGAGAAGCAGGGUGUGGGCAGGCAGGUGAGGGGCAUAGUCAAGAGGAAACUAUUUCAUUCAAGCUUAGAUGGCAGGGCAUGGAGCGUAUAUGGGUAGUGGCACCUGCAAGCAGUGUGGUCGUUUUGGUGCCUAAACAUACCAGCUAGACACGGGUUCUGCGUUGGGGAACUGAGGUGGGAGGAGGGCGGGAUGGGAUGGGGGGAGCAUGUAGGGUAGCACAGCAUGAGGUGAGGUACCAACGUGAUGGGACGAAAUGUGUUGCAGUUGUAAACUACUUGUAUGGUACUAGAAAUAUCAACCAAUUUGCU